CACCUGUUCAACCGUUAGUUCAUUCAGGUGUGUGAGCAGAAGAGCGCAACCAUGGCAUCGAAUACUGCGACUGUAGGGAAUUUGCCGAGCGGAGUAGGGAUAUGCACAACUAUUCCAGACAUUCUUUACAUUCCGGAGCUUAUCUUCGGAGGCCUGGUAUGGAUCUUGGUGGCAUGCACGUUAGUGGUGCCCGCUAACCCCCAGGGCUGGGUGAUGUUCGUGUCAGUCUUCUGUUUUGUCAUGACCUUCAUCUGGCUCUUGGUAUUUGCCUGCGGUGGGCAUCACAACAGUGGGAAGUGGGCUGCUGCGGACUUUGCAUACCACGGCCUGGCUGCUUUCUUCUACCUCAGUGCUUCAGUUGCACUUGCCAAAGUGACUCUGGAUAUGAAAGAUGGAAUUCACUUCCAAAACUACCAACUUGACAUCUCUGCAGUGGUGUUUUCAUAUGUGGCCACACUCCUCUACUUCAUUCACACCAUCUUAUCUGCUAUCAGGUGGAAGUCUUUCUAGAAUGACAACCUAACCCUAACCCACACCAGAACAAUUCUAGCUCUUGGUUUUGUGAGGUCACAAACCGCUGGAAAUCAAGGGAAGACUUGAAGUGAAGAGAAGUGUUGUCUACGCACCAUAAGCUAAGGUUCAGAGGAGAUCUUUCUAUAAAUACAUCACAAUUAGAUUCCUCAAUGUGGACCGGCCUGAUGGAAAGUAUGGCACAUAGACUGAACAUGAAUAACACCAUUAAUUGACCUGUGAAUCACAUGAUGAUGUCAUAACAGUGGCAUCACAGGUGUCAUGCACAACCAUAAGCCUUUCUCUAAACCUAUGACAGUUAUGACACAAGCGGCUAAUGGUCCGUUCACACCAAGAACAAUAACUAUAACUAUAAAGAUGCCUUUUUAAGAAUUGCUCUAUAUUUAAAACAAUACCACACCUCAAUGAUAACAAUAACUAUACCGCAGAAUAAUAUCGUUGGGAUCACUUUCAAAAAUAUUUUCUUUCCAGCUGAUGAAUUAUAAAAUACUGACAACCAAUCAGAAUCCAUAGGAAUUUUAAGUGCCCGUGCAUUUGAAAUGGAAGACAACAUUGCAAGAAGCUAAUCGUCCAGGUUGGUGUGGAUGCAAAUUAUAGUUAACAGUUAUGGUUAGAGGAAUAAUGGAUUGUAUUUUUCUAAAUUUAAGAAGAACAUUUGCAAUUGAACUUUUUUGUAUUUUUAUAGUUUUCGGUAACUAGCAACAUUUUACAAAAUAGAUAUAUAACAUAACAAAAAACAUGUUCAAAUUG